AUGGUCUCGGAGCACGUUCUCAAACUUGUUGGGCAAACCGACACGGUAACCUCAAUCUGGGCAAAGGACCCUUCCAGGCCUCCGAGCGACAUCAUCAAGCAGCUUUAUGGGCACCUUGAAAGAGACCGUAACUGCGAUGGAAGCAAGCAUCGACAACCUGCUUCGCCAGAAGCACAAGACGCAGCCCUGAAGUGCGGCAACUGGGGACCAACCAAGCCAAGCCCUCUCUUCUUGCAAGCAUUCGCAGAUGCUCUGAACUGCUUGGGCCCCGAUCCGCUCUCCGGAGUUGUGUCGCCGCCAUUGAUGGGGUCGCAUGGCACCGUACCGCUUACCGUCAUAGCUCCUGUAGCAGACAUUAUUAGGCACUGCUCGAACCUCAUCGCCCGGGCUGAGAGAGAAGUCUUCUUCAUCACAUGUGCUUGGUCGCCCUCCAUCGCCCAGCGACUGAUCCGAAGCGCCUUCAUGGAGCUGUCGAGACGAUCAGUCGCUCGAGGGCAGCGGGUGACUGUCAACCUCAUGUACGACAGCGCAGGGCCGUCAAACAUACCCGACUCACACCACAGAGUGAAACCGGAGAGCUACACAUCCAAAUCCGUACAGCUUCCCGGCCCAAACGAGAUUCCCAAUGUCGACCUCGAGGUUACGAGUCUACACACCCUGCCGUUGGGGACACAACAUGCCAAAUUUUGCGUCGUGGAUCGCAAGAUUGCCGCAGUCAUGAGCAACAACAUGCAGGACAAUGAUAACCUCGAAAUGAUGGUGCACGUAGAGGGUCCGAUUGUUGAUAGCAUCCUCGACACAGCCAUCAUUACGUGGUACAAGAGUCUCAACUCGCCGCUGCCGCCGCAUCAUCAAGCCUCGGCAUCCGCGGGCGGGCUGCCGACCAAGGACCACCAAGAUCUGUAUCUCGAGCGCUCACCGGGCAAGACGGCAAGCGACGUCGCGCUUGCCGGAGAGGCGCAGACGCAGCUCGCAAAACACACGCCAGAGGAACCGCACUACGACCAGGAUAUCGCGGGUGAAGUUGUGCGAAUCCAGAGCAGCUACUCGGUCCAGGCUGACGAGACUCGCCUACAAGCCGUCAACAGACAGCUAAACAUCCCUGUCAAGGCGCCAAUUGCCCCGACGGGCCCGGAGAUAGCUGACGGCGACGAGAUGACACCAUACAUGGCAUCUACCGGCGCGCCGGGCCCCGUGCCCAUGGCCAUGGUGUCGCGCCCUCCGUAUGGAUGCUUCGACUCCAGCAACGGCUACGUCCCACAAAACGAGGCAUGGCUGUCUCUUAUCCGCAACGCGCGGGAGACGGUAUUUAUCCAGACGCCGGAUCUCAAUGCGGAGCCGCUGCUUCACGAACUGAGGGCGGCUCUCGGGCGCGGGGUCCAAGUCACGUACUACGUGUGCUUUGGGUACAACGACUUUGGGGAGAUGAUUCCGGGCCAGGGAGGCACCAAUGAUCAAGUGUCCAAGUCGCUGGUCGACUCGUUGCCGCCAGAGGGUCCGGAGCGAGCCCUGCUGAGGGUGUACAAUUACGUGGGAAAGGACCAGGACCACCCCAUCCACCACAGCUUCAAGGCACGCUCAUGCCAUGUCAAGCUGCUGAUUGCCGACGGCAGGGUCGGCAUUCAGGGCAGCGGCAAUCAGGACACGCAGUCGUGGUUCCAUAGCCAAGAGGUCAACAUCAUGGUGGACAGCCGGGAUGUGUGUGGUGAGUGGAUGAGGGGAAUCGACAGGAACCAGAACACAAACGUGUUUGGCAGGGUCGCAGACGAUGGCAUCUGGAGAGACAAGGACGGGCUCCCGGGCAAGGGGUACAUGGGCAACCCUGGAAAGGUCCAAGGGCUCGUCAAAGGUGUUGUUGGCAUGGUGGCCAAGAUGGAAGGGCUGGGUGGGUUUUAG